GGAGCCUGCCUGAGCUGUGUGGGGGCCCCUUACUGUGGUAAAAAUACAGCAUAAUCUAUACACCCUGCUUUUGUAAUUGCUUAUGCACGCCGCAUGUUUUUACUCUCGCUUCCACACUUAUCACUAAGACAAGUAGACUAACAAUUGAUUUACGAGUAGAACUAAAAUUCUGCAGAUGGAGCCAGGAACGGAUGCAAUAAAUAAUUCCUUACAAGAGAUAAGCGAAGAGGGACAGGGAAAAAUGUUGAUGCAAAGAAAUUGUACCCUGACCGAAGGAUGACCAGAGGGGCUUAAGAACUGCCCCUGGGAGGGGAUUUAAGAUGUAAAUGAUACAUGUAUGUAAACCGUCAUAAAACAUGUAACUGCUAAGACAUACAAUGCAAGACGUAAUGCUAAGUCUGCCAAUAAUUGCACGACACGUUGAAAUCUAUUGUUUACAUUGGCUAUAAAAAGAAGCUUCAGACACAGUUUGAGGUCGACUCUGAUUUGAGCGACUCAGCUCCCUGGUCAAUCUGUUUGCAAACAAAUAAACUCGAGUUGGACCCGGCCUGAGUGUGUAUGACUCUCUCCUUGAGGUGUAUUGGAAAAGCCUCCAGGGGCACGAAAAUGCCGUUUGUGCAACAAUUUGGCAAGCCAGCCAGGAGUUGCCCUCGGACCACCUCGGGGUCGUACAACAAGAAAGGAAAAGGGGUCUGUGGAGUGGCCACCAGACCGCUUUUGGAGUCUGCCACGGGCACCGGGAACGUGAGUCGGGACACCCGGGAGGUUAAAGGCUCUCCAUUGAAUGAGUCAUCCAGGCUGAGUGGGUCCAAAGAGAAGGUGCCAGGGCAUUGGCAGAGUUUGCUGCACCUAUUCCAGAGUCUCCCGCUUGAUGCGCUGAUCCACAACUUUAAACAGGGUGACCAGGUCCUGGUAAAGAAGUGGAGAAAGGAUCCUCUUGCGGAAAGGUGGGAGGGACCCUACCAGGUGCUGCUGACUACACACACAGCUGUUCGCUUAUCAAACAGCGAUAAGUGGACCCACUGCUCGAGGGUAAAGCCUUUUCAUCAGGAGGACACCAACUCCCAGGGUGUGGUCAAUCCGGAAGCUGAUAACACUGGGGAACAAAAAGCCAACAAAUGGAAAAAUGAACCUGCUGGAGGUUUAAAGUUACGCUUGCAAAGAUGUGGACCCUAAUCUAUUUGUUGGGACUCUUGUCCCUUCUAGGUAUAUCGAACCCAAAAGUUAUGUCCACCUGUUGUACUUGUUCUCAAAACAAGCUUGCAACCCUCAGUAAGGCUCAGUACAACUGCAAAAUCGCUUAGCUCUUGAUUAUUUACUUGCCAGUGAAGGAGGGGUAUGUAGGAAGUUAAAUUUGUCCAAUUGUUGUGUUGAAAUAGAUGAUAAUGGUGAAUUGAUAAAGACCUUAGCGGAUGACAUGGAAAAGGUAGCGCAUGUCCCAACCCAAACAUGGAACGGGUGGAAUUUUGAUUGGUUUACAUCCUGGCUUCCCCAGCCUGGAUGGUUAAGGGGUGCGUUAGUGGCCUUCUGUAUACUGAUGUCAACACUUUGUUUGCUUCCCUGUAUGAUACCCUGCUUCAUGGCUCUUCUGAGACGAACUGUUCAGUCAGUCGUCAACCGAGAGAUGUUUGUGCAUUAUCAGAAGGUAGCCAUAGCUGACAGCUAUUAAGAUUAGAGUUAGAAAGCAUCUUGAGGGGGGAAUUGUGGUAAAAAUACAGCAUAAUCUAUACACCCUGCUUUUGUAAUUGUUUAUGCACUCCGCAUGUUUUAACUCUCGCUUCCACACUUAUCACUAAGACAAGUAGACUAACAAUUGAUUUACGAGUAGAACUAAAAUUCUGCAGAUGGAGCCAGGAACGGAUGCAAUAAAUAACUCCUUACAAGAGAUAAGCGAAGAGGGACAGGGAAAAAUGUUGAUGCAAAGAAAUUGUACCCUGACCGAAGGAUGACCAGAGGGGCUUAAGAACUGCCCCUGGGAGGGGAUUUAAGAUGUAAAUGAUACAUGUAUGUAAACCGUCAUAAAACAUGUAACUACUAAGACAUACAAUGCAAGACGUAAUGCUAAGUCUGCCAAUAAUUGCACGACACGUUGAAAUCUAUUGUUUACGUUGGCUAUAAAAAAAAGCUUCAGACACAGUUUGAGGUCGACUCUGAUUUGAGCGACUCAGCUCCCUGGUCGAUCUGUUUGGAAACAAAUAAACUCGAGUUGGACCCGG